UAUGCAGGCAAAAUCCGUAAGAGCUUCACAUAUCUUAUUGAAAUCCACACAAUCAAGAAACCCCUAUGAUAGAUUUAGAGAUAAAUAAGUCACUAGGUACAUGCUUAAUUUAUGUCAAUAAGAUCUGAUGCUGAUGCAGAGAAAGGAAUUAGAGAAAUCAGGGCCCAAGUAGAAAACAAUUUAAAUUUAUUUGCUAAAAUAGCUCAAGAGAGAAGUGAAGUAUUUAAUAAUGUAAAAUCUACAAUAGUGUUCUUCUUGUUAAAAGGGCGGGGAUUUAGGAGAAUUCACAAGGGGAUAAAUGUAAAAGUAGUUUGAGGAUGUGGCAUUUGCAUUAAAAGUUGGAGAGUUGAGUCAACCAGUCAAAAGCGAUUCAGGAUGGCACAUCAUUCUUAGAACCGGUUGAUGAAAAUUAUUAUUACAACGCCAUAUAUUAAU